AUGUUUUCCAAAAGAUCCUCAUCUCCUCCCCCGGUGCCGCUGCCUGAAAUAAAGGCCCUUCAUCCCUAUUUCCCAAUCGAGACCGAAAUCGUGAAUUUCAUUGCCAAUGACAUGGACCUGUUUCAGCUGCUGGCUACCUUUGGCGCCUGCUGCGUUGUGGUCCUCUCUGCCGGGUGGCUCAUUGCUUCAAGAGUGUCGCCUCGAUUGAAAACUGGGGACAAGCUGGCUGUACUAUGGUUCUGCCUCACUGGCGCCAUUCACCUCUUUUUUGAAGGCUAUUUUGCAUACAAUCAUACUCGAAUGGGGAGUGCACAAGACCUUUUCGGCCAACUGUGGAAAGAGUAUGCACUAUCAGACUCCCGCUACCUGACCUCCGAUCCCUUCGUGCUCUGUAUGGAAACGAUAACAGCGCUCCUCUGGGGCCCUCUGUCCUUCCUGAUGGUCUACUUGAUCAUCACUGCCCACCCUCUACGCUAUCCUCUGCAGGCAGUCAUUUCGCUUGGCCAGCUGUACGGAGACGUCCUCUACUAUGCUACCUGCUUGUUCGACCACUAUUUCAAAAGCCAGACGUACUGCCGGCCUGAGGCAUACUAUUUCUGGUUUUACUUUUUCUUCAUGAAUUUCAUCUGGAUUGUUAUCCCUGGAGCACUCCUGACAAACAGCCUUACCACCACAGCCCGGGCAUUCAAGGCACUGGAUCGCAUAUCGCACUCCGUACAGGCAAAUGGGUCUGUGGCCAAGCCAAAAGCAAAUGGUCACAUUAAGCGUGCUUGA